AUGACAACCACGAGAUGUGAUCAUACGGCUAAUCUUCUUCCCAAUGGGCUACUUCUUAUUGCUGGAUGUCCUGUAGGUAUCAACACAGGUUAUCCUAUUCGGGAUGGCUGGGUAGUUGAUCUAUACGAUCCUCGAUCUGGUCAAGUGAAAAGAACGGUAAACAUGAGUGCAAGUCGUAUGCGUCACACGUCAUCAAUGAUUCGAAGCAAUAAUUCAACAAAAGUGUUACUUGCUGGUGGCUAUGAUGGAGAUCAUUUGGCUUCGGGUGAUGUUUUUGAUGUGAAAAAUGGAACAUUUCAGCCAGUGAAUAAUUCAAUGACGGAACCUCGAGUGUUUCAUACAGCAACAGUUCUACCUAGCGAACAUGUUAUUAUUGCUGGUGGAUGCAGAAAUGAUGGUGACUGUUUAGAUACGUUAAUACUAUAUAACAGCAGAUUAAAUCGUUUCAUUCCUCUUGUACCGCGGUUAUCAGUUAAACGUGCAUUCCAUACAGCCACUUAUAUUCCUUCCAUUGAAGCAAUUCUUUUUGUUAGUGGUGGCACAUUCGACCUGUUUGAUGUACCAACGCUUACCUUUAUUAGCAAUGGAACAACACUAGAUGAUCGCGCAGAUCAUACGGCCACGCUUCUAGUUGAUGGCCGAGUUCUAAUUGCAGGUGGAUCAAAAAACUAUGGUUUGACUUCUUGUGAAAUAUAUAACCCAUUAAGUAAUACAUUUACAUCAGCAGCACAUAUGUUCAUAGGUCGCUAUUGGCAUACUGCUACUUUACUUCCAAAAACGGGAGUGGUGUUCAUUUGUGGUGGAAGAAACUUAGAAGACGUAUUUAAUAGUUGUGAAUUAUAUUUUCCGUAA